AUGGCGUCUUCUUCCUCUGCUACUGCUGCUCCCUCUGUCAUGAAUUUUCUCACCAUCAAGCUCGACCGCAACAACUACCCUCUCUGGCGUGCUCAGUUCCUUCCCUUGCUGUGCAGCCGCAACUUACUAUCUUAUGUUACUGGUGAAAAUCACUGCCCAUCUGCUUUUCUUCUUGAUGACAAUGGUAAACUCAUAGACAAGGUCAAUCCAUUAUAUGCUGAAUGGAUACAGACUGAUCAGAUGAUCCUUUCUUGGAUUACGAGUUCCCUUACUCCCAAGGUUCUUGCUACAAUCGUCAACAAAAUUGAUUCGGCUUCUGCCUGGUCGUCUCUUCAAGAACGAUAUGCUUCUACGUCUCAAAAUCGUAUUAUCCAAAUGCAUACAGAAUUGAUGAAUACUGCUCGUGGUAAUCUUUCUAUCGAUGACUAUCUCGACCAAGUCAACGCCAUCGCCGACAACCUUGCUCUUUCUGGCGCCCCAGUCUCUGAAUCCGACUUAGUUGCCAUUAUUAUGAGUAAAGUAGGUCCACAAUAUGAGACCACUGUUGCUUCCGCACAGGCUCGUGACACUCCCAUCACCUACAAUUCAUUGGAAGCAUUAUUACUGAGUGCCGAGCAACCUUACAACGCCUUUUCUCUUCCCUCUGAUAGCGGCACCUCUGCUUUUGCUGCUGUCCGUGGCGGUCGCGGUGGCUUCCGUGGCCGUGGUAAUUCUUUUCGUGGUGGACGUGGUGGAAGCUUCUUCCGUGGUGGUGCUGGUAACUUCUCACGCCCAAAUUUGGCUGCUCAUGACUCCGGUUCUGCUGCCCCUGCAACAUCCACCUCUGCAGCCCCUUCCCGCGGGUCAUCUUCUUCCUACAAUGGACUUCUUGGUCCAGCACCUGGCUCCAGCACAUCUCAUGGUUCCUUGCCUGUUUUUUCCUCCUCUGGGCGUAUUCAAUGUCAGAUUUGUCAACGCUUUGGGCACUCGGCUAUUGAUUGCUUCAAUCGUCUCAAUAUGUCCUACGAAGGUCGGGUUCCCUCCUCUCGUCUUCAAGCCUACACAGCUGCACCAUCUUCCCGUGCUUCCGCCGCUGCACCCUCUGUCCAGCAAUGGUUUGAACAUCUCAAAAAUUGGUGA